AUGUGCACGCCACGAGGGUUACCUCUACGUUAUCAGACUCCGCCUGAUGCAGAUCGGCGGGUGAUUUUGCAGUCUCUUCCUCCCCAUCCCUUGGGGAUGUUUUAUGCAUCGGGGUACCCAUGUGGGCCAUCGCAGCAGUACUGGUGGCCGCCACAGUAUGUCCCAAGCACAUCCAAUAGUGGUCAGCAGGGAUUCCCACCAUCGCAAUACCCAUCUUGGUUUUCAGCCCCAUCCAUGCCACAGCGGGGAUUUCCGCCGCAGACAUAUCAUUCGUUUCCAGGCCAUAGCAGUGGACAGUCCAUGCCGCAGGAGAGAUUUCCAGCACAUACGCCACGUGUUUCCAGGCCAGUCUAG